CUUGUUGCUGUUUAUGCUUAACUACAAAUAAAAGAAGUUAACAUUUACAGAACGGAUCUGCCUUACUUUUAUGAGCAACUGGCAAAUUAUAAGACUGAUACUGACAUUGGAGCAAUUGGAUCUUUGUUAAAACUAUCAAUCUAUAAGAUGAAAAAUAUUUCCACAACACAUCCUACCGCAGAUAAUAUUAUAAAAGAGGAGCCGGACAUAAAGACUGAACAAUACGAUGAAGACGAAAUAAUUGAAGAACAAACUGUAGAAAAUACAAAUACGUAUGGAGAAGAUUAUGCACCCGUGUUAGAAUUUAAAGAUGAUGAUGUGUCAGAUAGUGAUGCUGUUUGCAAACAGGAAUCAUUGAGCGUUGAGGAGUAUUCUUCAACACACUCUGACAUUGGCGUUUCACUAAGGAGCCAUAUUUUAAAAGAAGAAGAAGAAGACCGUUUUGAUGCUUGGCAUGGCUCAAGGGUGUUUGAAUUGAAAUUAGUAAAGUUAAGUCAAAGUGUCAUUGACAAGUAUGGACGCCAAAGUCCCCCCACGCAGCACACAGCCACAGAAGAACAUGUUGGGGACAAGGGAAAGUGCGCUGGUGAACAGAGCAUAGAUAAUGAGGACAAAAAGGCACAGUACAAGAGUCACAAAGAACAACACAUCUGUGAUGUUUGCUUAAAAAUGUUUCCGACUAAAAGCAGGUUGCUAAAGCAUUUAGUGAUUCAUACUGGUGGGAAACCAUUUAACUGCAAUAUUUGUCACAAGAAAUUUGAAAGAAAAAGCAGCUUACAAGAACACUUGCUAAUUCAUACUGGGGAGAAACUUUAUAACUGCGAUAUUUGUCACAAGAAAUUCGCAACAAAAAGCCUCUUAAAAUUACACAUGCUAAUUCAUACUGGUGAGAAACCAUAUAACUGUGACAUAUGUCAAAAGAAAUUCGUAAGAAGAGGGGUUUUAAAUCAACACUUAUUAAUUCAUACUGGUGAUAAACCAUAUAACUGUGACAUAAGUCAAAAGAAAUUCACUAUACGCUGUAACUUUGAAAGACAUUUAUUAAUUCAUACUGGUGAGAAACCGUUUAACUGCAAUAUUUGUCAAAAAAUUUUUAGUAGAAAAGUCUACUUACAAGCACACUUGCUAAUUCAUACUGGUGAGAAACCAUUUAACUGCAAUAUUUGUCAGAAGAAAUUCACAACAAAAAGCCAUUUAAAGGGACACACGCUAAUUCAUACUGGAGAGAAACCAUAUAACUGUGACAUAUGUCAAAAGAAAUUCACUUGUCGCUCUAUCUUAGAAAGACAUUUAUUAAUUCAUACUGGUGAGAAACCGUUUAACUGCGAUAUUUGUCAAAAAAAAUUUAAUACAAAAUCCAACUUACAAGCACACUUGCUAAUUCAUACUGGCGAGAAACCGUAUAAAUGUGACAUAUGUCAAAAGAAAUUUUUACGAAGAUAUGACUUAAAAAAACACUUAAUAUAUAAAAAAUUAUUAUGA